AUUGUUGUGGACUGGGGAUGAAUCCUUGAAGUCAUAUGACAAAUUACAAAUUGAUGGUACGAGUUGAGACUAAAUAAAGUCAGGAAAAUGGAUCACCAAGGAAAUGACACAAAUGACCAGGAAGAAAAUACAUCAGAAACAGCUCCUUUACUUAACGAAGGUGGAGAGAACCCAGCUGAACCUAUUCUUUCUUCGCCGCCAAAUCCCACAGUUCAAGCUGCACCAGACUCUACACUAGAAGGACCGCCUCCUGCAUACAGUGAAGCACCACCACCAUACAGUUCUGGUCCACCUCCUGGCGUCCUUGGUGAGCCAACUGUUGCCUGUCGAGUAUGUCAUCAGUUGAUCUUUAUACGCGGAAGAGAGAAUCAGAGAGUGGUUAAAUGUGCCAGUUGCCACGAAGCCACACCAAUAAAGCCACCACCACAUGGCAAAAAAUACAUUAGAUGUCCUUGCAAUGCUUUACUUACUUGCCGUUCCACAUCAACAAGAAUAUCCUGUCCAAGAACAAACUGUAAAAGAAUAAUUAACGUUGGAGGAGGACCACCAUCAGCAUCUGCCCCUGUUCCACAGGUUCAAAAUACUGACAGUCGAAUCAGAGUAACAUGUGGGCACUGCAAUGAAACCUUUGUUUUUCGUAUCACAGCACACCUUGCAAGAUGUCCUUACUGCAGAAAAGUAUCUUCAGUUGGUGGAAAAUUUGCCAUGUCACGUGCAAUUAUAUUUGCUGCAAUUGGCUUGAUCUUCCUUAUUGCUGGGGUUGUGGUUACUAUUACAACUAUCGAGAUGGCAAAGACGACAGGAGGGAUAUACGUCGUGUGGAUCGGAGCAUUUGUUGCUGGCAUCUUGAAUUUAAUUCGGAGUUGCUAUUACUGUUCAAUGACUGUGAGCGCAAUCGAGGGUCAGGCCUAAACUACCUUAUACAAAGCUCAUUCUAAGCAAUUUUACUUUAAAGGAAAGAUUUAUUGAUAUUGUAUAUAAUUAUAAUGAUUGCGUCAUAUUUCGGUCAUUUACCCUGGAAGGAACACCAUGCAUUCUCUUGGCUUAUGGGCAGUAAUGCCAAGCGACAAGGGUAAUAAAAUGACAGUCAUUUAUUAAAUAGGUAUGACCAGUGAUUGCAAACAAGUAUGUACCUUGGUUUGAGACAUCGCUUACUUGGACAAGGUCAAACUACGUGAAAUCCACUAUUGAUAGUCAUUUUGUCAAUUAUCAUCCGGUUGCUCGAGCCACCUCUUAUUUUGAUGCCUAUCAUUUUAUAGCGAAUCAUACUCUCAACCUAUCAGAUAGUAGUGACGAUAUAAAUUUAUUCUGAUAUCUUUCAGUAUUUUAGAUAGCAAUAGAGCUAAACUUGUUUUUCGUGAUAACUCUCAAUUUGUUGUUCUACGUAUAUGUUAUUCAUUGUGUUUUGGCCAAAUGUGUCAUCAUCUCGGUAGUCUAGAAACAUCACUCUUUAGUGCUUAUAGUUUAGUGUAUAUUUGUUAGUGCUAAAAGUUUCAAGAUCAACAUCGAACAGAAAUAGCACUUAGAACUGUUAAUAAUAUUAUAAUGUCAUAAAAUUGUUUUGCCAAAACUCAGUUAUUGCUCUUGCUUCGACUCAUUUUUGGCCCUAUACGGUUUAUCCCCAUGCAGUUUCGACUUGAUUCAGUUUCACCACGACUCAGUUUGGUCCUGACUCAGUUUGGUCCUGACUCAGUUUGGUCCUGACUCAGUUUGGUCUUGACUCAGUUUGGUCCUGACUCAGUUUAGUCUUGACUCAGUUUGGUCCUGACUCAGUUUGGUCCUGACUCAGUUUGGUCCUGACUCGGUUUGGUCCUGACUCAGUUUGGUCCUGUCUCAGUUUGAUCCUAACUGAGUUUGGUCCUAGCUCAGUUUGGUCCUGACUCAGUUUGGUCCUGACACAGUUUGGUUCUUAUUCAGUUUAAUCCUCACUCGGUUUUGCCCUGACUCAUUUUUGCAACAUCAAGUUUUGAGAAAAGGAAUGUUCUAGCGACCUUUGCUUUUACCUGUUCUCUGUUUACUUGAAGUUGGUUGUGGAAAGUAUGGAUUAUGCUUUUUACCCACCAAAGUGCAACAUGAGCUGGAACUGUUUUGUGAUGAUACAACCUCCUUUGCAAUGUAUUAGUACUAGGGCGCUUCCAUUCACCAUACGAAUGCAAUAGUUAUUUUGAAGCCUUAAGCAACGGCAGGCCUUCAGAGGAUAUCAUUAGCGAAAUAAUUAAGAUCUCCAUUACAUUAAUUUUUGUAUUGAAACGUUUUCUCGUUACAAACAAUGUAUAUUGAAGUAUGUAUGACGAAAUCAACUUCUUGUCGGUAUCAAUGUUUUCAUACAAUUUUUAAUGUAUUCCCCUAUUAAUUAGGUAUCUAUAAUAUGAAUAAGCACAAAAGUGUAAACAAUAGAAUUUUGCAUUUUUCAUGAUUAUAUUGAAA